AUGGAGAACUUGAAAUUAGGUACAAAGAAAAUUGUCAAUUCUUUCCAUCGCUAUUCUGCAAAUGUUCCUAAAAUAACCACAAUAAUUAUAAGAUACAGUUGUAUUCGAAUUCAGUCAGAUGCUAUUGUUGUUGUAUCUGGAAUUCCAUCGAUUGUCGAAAACCAUGUGCAAUCAGCAUUAUCUUUUGCAAUUGAUGUUGAAUCGUUGAUUAGCAGUUUUUGUAAUGCAACAUGUGCUGAACUUGGAUUUCGUUGUGGUAUUGAAUGUGGUUCUGUAACUGCCGGAUUGAUCGGACAAUUCAAAUGGCAUUAUGACGUCAUUGGCGCAACAGUUGAAGAAGCGAUCAAAAUUGAAAGUUCCGUAUCUGAUUGUGGCGUUUACGACGUUUGUUGUUGCAGAAAAGCAAAAAAGUUGGUAAUUCUCAGCGAAAAAUGUGGAGCACAAAAUGUGGAAAGAAGUUUUAUGAAUCCAUAUACUCUAAGAUUUCGUAAUACAGAUAUUGAGAACGCUUUUAAUAGUCAAUUUAAUCAGUGGUUUGUUCCCGCACUUGCUGUUAGCAUUCUUUUUUUGGUUGUCUACGGCAUCUAUCAUAUUCUUGUUCUCCCAAGGCAUAUUGCAACAUUAGCACUAAUUAUUGUUGCACUUAUUGUAAUGUUUACAAUUCUUACAAUGCUAUACAUCAACUAUUUUCAGCAUUUUUGCCACUUUAUAACUCGAACUGCUGUUGGUCAUUCAGUUGCUGUUCUGUUUGUCAUAUCGUUACUGUUUGUUAGCGGUGUCGUCAAUACAUUUUCAUGUCCACAAAAUAAUACAACAAAUCCGUUAUCGGAAUGUUACGUAGUACAUUAUUCGGUACUAAACUGUGCGCUAUGGAUGUUAACGUUGGUUGUAUUUGUACGAUUUCCAUCAUUGGCCCUACUUGGUUCACUUAUUUUUGCCCUUAUGCUCUACUGUCUUCAUGCAUUGAUCACACAUUCAUCGUUGUACCUCAAUUAUUCAAAUGAUUAA